GCACUUCCUGAUACUGGGCUGAGCCUCAGAUUGUUUUACGCAAGGGCACAUUCGCCCUCAAAACAAGCCAAACAAAGAUCUUUCAAAGUUUCUUCCAUGUUUCUACCCGAGCAGUUGAAGAAGCGACGUUUUUAAACACAGCGUAACCCUGGCAAACAAAAUGGACUAUUGGAGUGCCUUGGAGGUGUAUAAGGAGAUGCUACUGCUGUACGCAGAAGAGGCUCGGCAGUAUGUGAACUCUCAGUGCUCUGCUCUUGAACCAUGGCAGAUCAUCGUAAUCACAUUGCUGUCCACGCUCGGUUUACUGUGGUUAAAGGGCUUCCUUUUCCAGCAGGAGAGUCUGACGUCAAGAGCAAAGAAGCAGUUCUUUAAAAUCAUCAGAAAAAUCCCUUUUAUAGGAGCAUCUAUUCAAAGUCAGCUCAACAAAGCAUUGGAUGACAUGUCAUUAAGUCUUUGCACACUGAAGGAAGGCAUGGGCUACACCAAACUGCUCCCAGCACAAGGCCUCACCCAUAAACAGCUCCUUGACAAGAUCAAAGAAUAUGAGACAUUGGGUGAGGUAGACUGGGGGAAAGGAAAGGUGUCAGGUGCGGUCUACUGGGGAGAUGAGAAGCUCACAGAUCUUCUGGUGAAGGUCUAUGGUGAAUUUGCCUGGACCAAUCCACUCCACCCAGAUAUAUUCCCUGGGGUUAGGAAAAUGGAGGCGGAGGUGGUGCGGAUGACAUGUGCCCUCUUUAACGGAGGACCAGACUCAUGUGGCACAGUUACUUCGGGUGGAACCGAAAGCAUCCUCAUGGCAUGCAAGGCAUACAGAGACAUGGCCCAUGAACGCGGGAUCAAGCACCCAGAAAUUAUUGCACCGGUGAGUGUCCAUGCUGCAUUUGACAAAGCUGCACAUUACUUCGGGAUGAAGCUUAUUCACGUACCUCUGGACGAGAAGACCAUGAAAGUUGAUGUGAAGGCCAUGAAGAGGGCUAUCUCCAAAAACACUGCAAUGCUGGUGUGUUCAGCUCCCCAGUUCCCUCAUGGAAUUGUAGAUCCUGUAGAAGAAGUGGCGAAGCUGGCAGUAAAAUACAACAUCCCAUUUCACGUGGAUGCUUGCUUGGGUGGGUUCCUAAUAGUAUUUAUGAAGAAGGCUGGUUUCAAACUUGAUCCUUUUGAUUUCCGGGUCAAAGGUGUGACCAGUAUCUCAGCUGAUACACACAAGUAUGGAUAUGCCCCGAAAGGCUCUUCUGUGAUUCUGUACAGUGACAAGAAAUAUCGCCACUACCAGUAUUUUGUAGCACCCGAUUGGCAGGGAGGAAUUUACGCAUCUCCUUCAAUGGCUGGCUCACGCCCAGGAGGCAUCAUAGCCGCUUGUUGGGCUACCAUGAUGCACAUGGGUGAGAAAGGAUACGUGGAGGCUACCAAGAAAGUUGUUGAAACAGCCCGAAAAAUCAAAGCAGGCAUUCGUAAAAUAGAGGGGGUGUUUGUGUUUGGGGAUCCAGAAGUGUCUGUGGUGGCACUGGGCUCCGAUAUCUUUGAUAUUUUCCGCUUAUCUAAUGCAUUGACCUCAAAGGGCUGGAAUCUCAACACUCUGCAGUUCCCAUCUAGCAUACAUAUUUGUGUUACAAUGCUACAUACACAGUCUGGUGUAGCGGAGCAGUUCAUCGAUGAUGUAAAGAAAGAAGUAGCUAUUAUAAUGAAAAAUCCACAAGAGAAGACCACAGGAAUGGGAGCCAUCUAUGGUAUGGCCCAGUCCAUCCCUGACCGGUCGAUGGUGACUGAAGUCUCACAAGGCUUUUUGGACUGCCUCUAUAGCACUGAAGUGCCCAAGAUACAAAACAAGCACCACAAAAACCAUAAGAACCACAUGAAUGGCAACUCUAAAGUGCACUGAGAUUGACUGUCAGGGUCUCCACCCUUAGCUGGCUCAAGGGAUGCUCACCGCAAUCAUUUAAUCUUUCACUUUUUUAUUCAGUCUUCUAUUUACAACUAACUGGUAUAAGCCAUAGUCACGUGAUAUUUUGGGAUUUGUGACUGAGGGCCGACAGUGUCUUGUCUGCAGCACUAAAAAUUAGAGAUGGUUGCACAGUUAUCUGUGUUUGGGUCCGAGAAGGUUUUGGGUCUAAUUUUUGUGACCACCGAGUGCAGCUUUACAAUUAAUUUCUGAAUUCGCUCAGUUUUAUCACAUGUACUUGAUGACACUCCCAACGUCCAUUUUAAAGCAUUUUCUGCUCUAUAAAAUUUAAGAUAGUGGUGCAUGUUCAAAUCUGAAACAUAACUAUAUUAACACUUAUUGCAGAUCAGGAUUAAAUCCAGACAGUUAUCAACGGGGACCUUAAUAAAAGCAUAACAGACCAUUUUAGGAUGGUGGUACUGCUCAGGGAAACCUGUAUUGCAAAUAUUUAACUUUAAUUUAUUUCUUUUUUUUAUUCCCCACACUGUAAAAAAAAUCCUUGAUGCACUUACAUUUUUAAGUUGAAACCACUUUAAUUAAUAAGUAAUUUCUUAACUAGUGAGGUUUAAAUAAAAAAAAAUAAGUUGAAUGGUAUUAAGUUAUUACAACUUUUUUUUAUAAUUUACAACAAUUUCUAACUAGUCAAAAAAGUUGAUAUGACUUAUAAAAUCAAGUUGUUUAAAAUUAAACAUUUAAGUGCAACAAGACAUUUUUACAGUGCAUUUAAAUGUAAAAUCUAAGUCUCAAACAGCCAUCUUACAUUAAAAACAAUAUUACUCAUUUUAAUAUAUAUAUAUAUAUAUAUAUAUAUAU